GCGCAACAACGUUGUUGUCAUUAGCACCCAAACUAGAGUUUGGACCUGAAGGUUUUUGAUAGCUGUUCAGUUGGCUAGCUAGCAAGUCGUUUAAGACACCAGGUACGUUACGGUAAUUAAUACAACUAAUAUCUACACCAUUAAGUCGUAUAUUACAUAAAUAAUGGACUCAAAUUCGUUAUACUACUCUUUGGAACUCGUUGCCGGUAGCGGAAGUACUUUAAACGUUGAGCAAAGAACCGCACUGCAGACUUCGUUGGUGAUCCUGAAGAAAAACUACAAGUUCCAUCGAGUCUUGUUUUGGGGCAAAAUAUUGGGUUUAAAGGACGAUUAUUUUAUUGCUCAGGGGAGAGGAGAAGAUGAACUGCUUGAUAAAAAGAAUCUUUAUAGCUUCAACUGCAUGAACUGGUUCCUGCUCCCUCCUGCCACAGACUCUAUGAUCGAGAAAGUGUCCAAAAUCAAGAGUCGCUUCAUAGGAGACCCCUCUUAUGUGUAUGAGCACAUUGAGAUCCGCAGGCGAGGAGAGAAUGAUGACGCAACAGAGGAGGUAGUGACUAAAGUCAAUGAGGAGAGGCGGCUGGCAGUGACAGUUCAUCAGAUCGACGAUGAAGCGUCCGUGGUACCUCGUGGAGCCUUCAUCAAGAGUCCACAUGGUCUUGUCCAGAUGAGCCACAGCUUUGGUGGUCUGUCUCACUCAGAAGCAGGGAAGCUGGACAACUUCCUCCACUUCAGCAAAGCAAAGAAUCUGAAGAAGAAAUCCAUCCUGGAAAUGGGUGAUCUGACCCCAGCCAUUGACUUCCUGGAUGUACUGAGUGAUGACAUUCCUAAAGGAUCGUGGAGUCUUCAGUUUGAAUGUGCCAGUAAAGUGUGCGUGCUCCGCAGCCUGUUGUGGCUUGGCCUGAGCUUCUACCAUGUACCAACGACACCUCAGCAUGGAUACAUCUAUAUCGGUGAUGGGCUCAAGAAUUUGGACCUUCCCUUCAUGCUAUAAAAAAAAAAAGAAGACAUUUCCUGUUUUAGCAUGUUGAUGUGAACAACAGACACAUCAACAUGCAUUCUAUGUAACAUAUUGCAGGACUUUUUCUUGGUCUUAUUUUGAAAUGAAUAAACUAAGGAGUUACAGUCAUAAA